AGCUAUUGUCUGACAAUGAUUGACCGUUUUUCCCGCUGGCCGAAGGCAGUGCCGUUGAAGGAUAUGACUGCAAUUUACAACUUAAAGACGCGCGGGGGUAAUGUCCGUGUGUCCCGAGAACUUCCGGGUCAUGGUGGUUAUCUAUCAUGCUGCCGCUUCCUGGACGACAAUCAAAUCGUUACCAGCUCAGGUGAUAUGUCAUGUGGCCUUUGGGAUAUCGAGACUGGCUUGCAAGUUACUUCUUUCCUGGGCCACACAGGAGAUGUUAUGGCUCUUUCAUUAGCCCCGCAAUGUAAAACCUUCGUUUCUGGCGCAUGCGAUGCAUCUGCUAAGCUAUGGGAUAUUCGGGAGGGUGUUUGUAAACAAACAUUUCCAGGUCACGAAUCUGAUAUCAAUGCAGUAACCUUUUUCCCAAAUGGACAAGCGUUUGCAACAGGAUCGGAUGAUGCAACAUGUCGCCUAUUUGACAUACGCGCCGAUCAGGAACUUGCUAUGUACUCUCAUGAUAAUAUAAUUUGUGGCAUAACCUCUGUGGCGUUUUCAAAGAGCGGUCGCCUGUUAUUGGCGGGAUAUGACGACUUCAACUGCAAUGUGUGGGACACGAUGAAAGCUGAAAGGUCUGGUAUUCUUGCCGGCCACGAUAACCGUGUAUCAUGUUUGGGAGUCACUGAGAAUGGUAUGGCUGUGGCAACUGGAUCCUGGGAUUCCUUCUUGCGUGUAUGGAAUUAAGCGAGAUUUAAAAAUUCAUUAUUGGGUGGGGUGGGGUCAACGGUUGCGCAGUCAACGGUUAGUGGUACACCAUCUACAUUGUGAUUUGAUGUACAUGCUUUGGUGUAACCCCCCUGUGCUUAAUUUAUAAUGAGUGUCUGCAGGUUUUGAAAAGGUGGGAGCAGCGACGUUGACUAGAAUGUAGACCACAACAACAAAGAACUUUAUAUACAACAUUAUUUAUAUUGCUAUAUACUUAUUAACUUAAAUUAUACAACAAACCAAAACGCAACAUGCAAAUAGACAUACACACGCAUACAAGAAUAUUAUUAGUGUAAAUUCAAAUCAGGAUUUAAUGAAGGCCCCGCUGAUAGUCAAUCAGUAAGUUAUUUUGUCAGAAUUCAGGUUACAGUUACGAUUUAAAACGUACGUACAGAAAACUUACUUCAUGUCUUAUUUGUUGAGUGGACGAGUGCACGACCAGGAGUACAACACAAUGACGCAUUUGUCGUUUGCACAUUGAAACAGUAUCAUUGAAGGCAUGUAUGACUUCAAACAAAAUACAAUUUUUCACGUGUGAACCUAACUUCAGAAAGUAAAUCCUGAUGAAGCGAAGUCAAAUAAAGUUAAAGCAUUUACAAAAUAUAAAAAUCACAGCAAAAACUAAAGGUAUAUUAAAAUUAUUGCGUAAAAAACUUAAAAAAUCAAGUAAUGAAACAAGUAAACAAAACACUUUAUAAAAAAUUUUCUUAUUAUGUUUAAGUCCUUAAUUUAUAUACAAAAAAAUUAAUAAUGAUUUAAAUAACAUAAUUAUGUAUUAGUGAACAACUAUUUACAUAUAAUAUGAUGGCCAUAUAAGCUACAACAAUAAAUUGAAAAACCACUUUAAAUCCUACAAUACAUAAACGAUUCAUAAAUGUUUAACAAAAUCUUAUACAUACAUACAUAUGCAUACAUAGAAUAGCGGAAGUGAUGGGCGGAAAAGUAAAAUAAAACAUACAUUUUGCAAUAACAGCGCUUGAAAAUAUAGAUACUAUCAUACACAAA